GUCUUGGAUAACUGGAGCGCUCGAGAGCUGAUUACCUUCGCUAGCCGCGAAGUUGCCGAUGAAUGGUGGCGUGCUGUGUCCACUUCCCCCACUAAUUUCGCGAACAGCAUUCAGCGUGUCAAUGCCCAGUUCUACACACAUAACACAGGCAUGGCCAGCGCUAGUGAAUCCCUCGUCACGAAUGGGGUUGCGUCCCAAUUCCUUGGGAAAGUGUUUUUCACCUUGCUGAGCGACUUAAACCUAAGUCAUCGUGGGUUGAACAUUAUCCCGCCCCUUGGUCAUUUCGUUGACCACAUUAGCGGGAACUCUUUUUUCAUUCGGUCUAGAGUCACUCCUUACGACUAUUGGUACUGUCCCCAAUCGUGUAACGCGAACACUGCGGUCUAUGCUUCGCGCACCGAACGCACUCGCUUCACUGUUAGUCGCACCGACAGAGGCACUGCAGGGACCGUCAUGAUUGGUUCUGACAAGAUCACCGUCACGUUGACCACCGUCAAUCUGUCCGUUGACGUCGACGCCAGCACUGGUCAUGCAAUUCUUUCACCUGAUCCUCAGUCGGAGUUGACAUUUAGUGCACUUUUGAGCAACUUUACCGUUGGGUCUACCUUGUUUGAGAACGAUGAGAGGGUGAAGGAGCUCCUCUACACGGAGAAUGGGGAGGAGUGGGAACUCGCUUGA